AUGGUCGCUAUACCAAUUUACGUUCGACAUUCCAUAGUGCUGAGAGGAGGAACUGGAAGUCGUCUAGAGAUGACGGUUGGACCAAAGCAAAGCAUGGGCAAAAUCAGAUGUCAAUGCCGAAAGCAGUGUGAAUGCAAAUCUAUGUCAAUGCCGAAAGCAGUGUUGAACUGCAAUCUGGUGCCUUCACAAGGGAAAUGUACGUUCGAUCCGUCAUCACAUUUGCUUCAGUGGACUAUAGGCAAGAUAGAACUGGGAAAGCCGCCAAAUAUUAAGGGAACUGUAUCCGUCUCUGGAACGACGACUAUAGAGACGCCACCGAUCUCGUUACGUUUUCGUAUCAAUCAACUGGCUGUAUCCGGGCUCAAAGUAAACCGCCUAGAUAUGUAUGGGGAAAAGUACAAACCUUUCAAAGGUGUCAAAUAUAUCACAAAAGCUGGAAAAUUCCAAGUACGGACGUGA